CGAGGAAAGAUCGCGACAACUCAACGAGAAGACAAGAAUGGCGUCUAAUACAGGACUUCCUUGGUCAUUGGCAAUAAAACCGUUACUUUCGGCUUCGUAUUCGUCAUUCCCUAAAACCGAUAUACCAGAGUUUACGAAAGCUAUCAUACGCAGUGAGAAAGACAUCCUUCAGCAUGACAAAGAGUAUGAACCAUUCUAUUCCUCAUUUGUGGCAUUGGCUGCUCAUUUUCUGAGUGCAGAAUGCAGUUCCAUGCCCAAAUCCAGUGUUGGCCAGGUCACCUCGGCAUGCAGGGUGCUCCUGCGCUUUCUUCUUAUGCGGCUGCAAUCAUUUACCGAAAGUUGCACCAUUUCACAGAAAUACCUGAUGAUUUUGAUCCAGGGACUUUGCAAGGGCAGUGGCUGCUUAAACAAAUCAGAUAUCAUUACAUUUUCUUCUAUGCUGAAGGCCUCUAAGCAACCGUCAAUGGUUCGGGGGGAUGCAGAUGCCACUGUGACCAAAUUAUGUAGACUUCGAAAAGAAUCCAUAGAACACCCAGAACAGAAGGACAAAAAAUUGCUUCGACUGGACACUGGCAGCAACCUUUUUGACCAGAUGACAUCAGUCUUUGACCAGGUGAUGCCGGUCAUAGUUACCAAAUUAGAUGGUGGUAUAGACACAGGGCAAAGCAGUGACAGAGAAAGUCAUCUUCCUGCUGGAGUGGAGACGGCUGAAGAAGUGAUUCCAGCAUUUGGUAGAAAAAAUUGCACUUGCCUGCUGCAGCUGAAUGGUGCCAACAUUCUGGUAGACACUUGUGCACAGCUGCUCUUCCUUAGCAAGUACCAGCAAAGGUACAAGGAGGCUUUAGCAGGCUCUGCCUUCCUCUUGCCUGCCACUUUGUCAGAGGCUUUGACCACCAGAAACAGUUACCAGUCAAUCUUGAGUGACAUAACGGUGGUGUGGAUGGCCUACUCCUUGCCUGUUUUGGAGCCUCUCACACCUAAACGACUGGAAAAAAUUGUGACAUGCACGCUAAGCUGCCUGUAUGCUGCAGUUACUGUGGCCACUGCUGAUACUAUCAUCAACAUGGUGAAACCAGCCACCGCUGCUCAGCCAGCUAGUAAAGAUGAGGAGAUUGAAGGCUACGGGAGAGCCAUUGUGCAGAAAUCUCUGGAAAUAUUUAACAUGGUGUCAGUGGCAGUUCGCAAUUCUACUCGUGCUGGCGGAAAUGUGGCCCAAAACCUGAACCUGAUUGCAGCAUGGGUGCUGAUGAAAGGCUUACAGGGCAUCCUGUCUUUGACUCCAGCAGUGAUACUGGAAAGAAGAGACUCAGGUAAACGUCCAGGCCCUGAAGGUGCCACUCACAAACCCAAAGACUUUUCAAGUACCGGCACAAGACCAAGCUCUAGCAAGAGCACACACCAAGGAUUUAGCGUAGCUGCAGUUGCCCUUGGCUCCAAUGCCAUACAGCUACUAACAUCUCUUCUUGAUGACCUUCAGAUUGAAGGCUCUUUUGGAGAUCUUGAGACUCCAGCUACAGAGAGUAAGGCAGGCCUGGAAAUCAAGAUUUUGACCUCAAUGUCAGCAUGGCAUCGUGUGCGUAAACUUCUUGCUACUAUCGGACUAGCUGACCUGCUUUUCAAUCUUGUGACAGUUUCUUUCAGAAAGGCAGUGAUGCUAAAGCGUUUGAAACAGGGCUCAGAGACAGCAGAAACCAGCAGCAGCAGCACCUCAGAUUCCAAUACCUUCUAUGAAGACGACUUUAGUGCUACAGAGGAUAGCAGUGAGGAAGAUGAUGACUCGGAACCUAUUCUUGGUGAAUGGUUGGAAGGAACCUUGUCUCCAGAAGAACCAACAGAACCUCCUGUGACAUCACCAGAUGCCCCACGAUUAGAAGUGCAGGGUGAUGCAAAACGCAGUCGCCAACCCUCAGAAGACUCGCCUGUCUUGGUGCCGGACAAACGAGAACCUGACGGGUUUAUCACCUUGGCAUCCACUAUCCUGAGCUUCAUGAAUGUAUGCUUGAUUAACUCUACAGACUCUGACAUUCGCAAACUUCUCAAGAAUUCCUUGAAUGAAGACCAUGUUCUCUGUCUGGCCUGCCUUGUCCGUGAUCUAGACCGAGAGCUUGCUCGUACAGGACACGAUAAAGUGUAUGAUGAAAUUUCAGUGGCUUUAGCCAAAUUUUGCCACAGUCUCAUUGCCACAGAAUGCUUAUCAGAGGUGCUGCAGGAUCACCUGCUACAGCAGCUUGGUGUGGGAAUUUCCCCCAUGGCCAAUCUGGCUGACUCCUGGCCUCUCAUGGUCAGCCAGCAUACCCUGGCGGUUCUGGUAGAAGUCCUGUUGAUGCGACAGCAGCAAGAACGAGAGGCCAAGUCUGUACAAAGCACUGCCGACACCAUCAUCAUGUCCAUCUGGUCAAGAUUUCUCAACUCCCUGAAGUCUGCCAUCAUGGUCUUUGACAAUCGCAGUGAGCAGUUUGAAGAUCUAAAUGUGGAGCACCUGCAGGUGUUGCUCUUCCUGUUCCAUAGCCUGCAGCUAACACAAAGGAAAGGCUUGCUGAUUCAGAUUACCCAGACCAUCACCAGUGUGGCCAACAUGGACACAAGGCGGCUAGAGGAGACUGUGCCCUUGGUACUGAGUCGCCUCAUGCUGGUGUUUGAGUACAUGCUGCACUAUUUCUACGACCCGCCUCUUGCUCUCAUCGAUCAAGUACAGUGGAACCUGUUCACUGUCCACACCUUUCCACAGGGUCGUAGUGAUGCCACUAAUAUCACCCGCACAGCACAGUUCUUUCCCUGUCGGGAAGUGGAAGACAACUUUCGCAAGAGCUUGGUCUCCUAUGAGAAUCCAGAUGUGGGCACCCUGAAACCCAGGUUCUAUAAUUUAGGCCCACCAGACAUUAAUACCCAAGAUGUGCCUCGAAUAGAUGGGCUGGCAAGUAGCUGCCUAUUGUCAAGUGAUGCUGUGGACUAUGGACAGCUGUAUGAUGCCUGCAUUAAACUGCUCAUGGCAGGAUCAUGCUGUGAUGUCACUAAGCCCAAGCUGUCACCUUUGGAUGCCUCAGCCAUGCAUUACCAUUUUCUGCUGGUAUGGCGGCUGCUAGCCUGCCUGCCUCCCUCAGUCAACUAUGUGGAAUCCCUGGGAACUGGCACCUUCUCCAUGGACAGUGCCCAUGUUCUUCACACCUUGCGCUGGGUUCCAAGACUGUCUCACAAAGUCUUUUCCAGUUGGGUUAAGGACUUCCUUCUGAAACAAGGCCUGACCGCUCAGCAAGCAGACGUGCAAGUAAAUGCUGCCACCAAAGCCACAAGCGACAUCAGCUUUGAUCUGGGACUGGCCAUGAAAUUCCUCAGAGAUCAGAUGGCCAGUCUUCCUGUGAUAACCCAGAGAGAAGUUCUGCCCCGAAAGGAGCUACCUGGUCUCUCCACCAUUCUCAUCCUUGAUGCAGUUGUUGCCAAAGUACAUGUUGCCCUGGACGAUGCCUUCUCCCAGAAUGCCUCGGAAGGUGAUCCUCGGCAAACCAUUGACCUAGCCAUCAAUCUCAUGCCAGCAGUGUACCCACUGAUCGAAGCAUACGGCACAUUUGUGAAGUCCUGCGUGCUGCUUGAGGUCUCUGAGUCUGAUGAUAAAACCAUGACACCACAGCGACUGAAAGCAUACAGCCAAGUAAUGAGUGUUGGCUCAGCCCGCUCAAAGUGGACUCGCCUGGGCAGUGCUGUCAUGGUCCUCCUCCCCAGUCCUGUCAAGAAUGCUGUGGAAAAAUGGUGUUCUGGCUCGGCUAGCGAGUUUCCUCCAGUGUGUGCCUGGCGUAAUGCUUUUGCCAAUGACAACAUUCCAUGUGAAAGUUACAUGGAUGCCAUUCACAGUGCUCACAUGGUCACCUUAUCUGGUCAGCGUACCUUCUGCAUCAGUGCUUCACUCCGCCACGUCCUGGCAUCCCUUGUUGCAUUUGGCAACAGUCUGCUAACCUGGUGUCCGGACAGUGGGGUCAACCGUGAGUUCAUGAGAGUUUUGUUGCCUCUUCAUCUGGAUGUGACCACUGAAUACUUGGCGGACUCUGUGACAUCUGCACUGGAGAAGUUUUUGGGUCCAGUGGAUGGUGACCGGUUCAGUGAGCAGAUGUACAAGCAGGGCAUUUUAGUGUGCCAUGACAUCAACGUCACGUACUCAGACCCAGAGAGUGGUUUGGACGAGAAGAUUCUACACCAGUGUGUUUUGUUCCUUGACUCAGCGCUGGAUACCCUACCUGGAGCUCAUGCUUUGGAAACUUUUUAUUCUGAAUCUGGUGAUCUGACAAGUUUGCUUUUGGCCAUCGCACGAGAGGGUCUUGGAGCAACUUUCAUCUAUCGGAUCCUGAAAUUUUUCAACAAACUCUUCCAGCUGGCUGACAAAGAGGGGAGUGAUAAAAGCUACAGGAACCUGUGCUGCCACCUAUCUGGUUUGACCAAAGUGGAUUACACCGUACUUCAGUCUUUGCUUUACAAAAUCUUCCACUCACCCCAGGAUGAAGAAGAAGAAGUCACUGUGGAACAGAACCGUUGCUUGCUGCAUAGUCUCAUACUGUUCAUUGUCAAGGGUGCAAGUCUGGUGGGGGAAGAAGUUUCCAUGACUCUACUUCAAGCCCUCAUCCCCAUGGGGUCCCCUCUGCUGAAAGAGUGUGGUGGCGAACUGUCCAGCUUUCCUGAGCUGAUGAGCAUCAUGCAUCUGCUGGCUGUGGCUGGCAAUGGACUGGGACACAUCCAGCUCUUCCAAGCCGCCACAUCUUGGCUAGACAUAUGUAAAGGACAUUUGUCUGAACCAGAAAUUCGACAGCAGUUUCUUCAGAAUGGAAAACCAGCCAUUCCUGGGUUGAUGGAGACACUUGGAUGUCUUCUUUCGUACAUUGGGGAAGUCCUUGGUGCACUCAAGAGAAGCAGCAGUGAUAGAGGAAGCUGUGCCUCUCCCACACUAGACAUGGAGCCAAUGUUACCUGCUGAUGGGGACAGUGACUGGGCUGAUGAUGCAGCUCAGGAUGAUGACGAUUCAGGAGGCGAAGAUUCGGAUGAAGAGUCAUUGAACAGCAAGCUGUGUACCUUCACCAUCACGCAAAAAGAGUUCAUGAACCAGCACUGGUACCACUGUCACACUUGUAAAAUGGUGGAUGGGGUGGGAGUCUGCACUGUCUGUGCUAAGGUGUGCCAUAAGGACCAUGACUUGACCUACUCCAAGUUUGGUUCUUUUUUCUGUGACUGUGGAGCUAAAGAGGAUGGCUCUUGCAAGGCACUUGUAAAACGGACUUCCCAGAAUGGGCUGGAUUCCAGUGGGUCAGCCAUGGGUCAGUCUCCCUUUGCCCUGGACACUUUCCACCACCACAGCUCUCUUCGGCGCAGACUUUCAUCACCCUGUGCUGAAGACAAACAGCAGGAAAAUUCAAAAAACCUUCAGGAGGCCAGCAAAGCCCAGGACACUCUCCAGAAACAGAUUGAAGGAAACAAAGCUCAGUUUCUCUCUCACAUGGAAAAGUCGAACACUGUUGAGACCGUGCUGGAAAUCCUAAAGUGGAUUGUGCCUCCAUUGACGGAAAACUACCAGAGCAAUUCACCCAUUGGAAGCACUGGUCGAGCACAGCAUGCUUUGAAUGAACUACAUAAUCAACCCAAGAAGAUCGAGAGCACCCCUGAUCAGCUGAUGACUGUGACUCUGGGCUCCCAAGAAGGAGCUUUCGAGAAUGUGCGGAUGAACUACAGUGGCGACCAAGGGCAGACAAUCCGGCAGCUUAUCACUGCUCACAUGCUGCGCCGUGUGGCAAUGUGUGUGCUGUCCUCUCCACAAGGAAAGCGACAGCACCUGGCUGUCAGCCAUGAGAAGGGCAAGAUCACCAUUUUGCAGCUGUCUGCACUGCUCAAACAGGCUGACUCCAGCAAAAAGAAGCUCACUCUUACUCGGCUGUCCUCAGCACCUAUUCCAUUCACGGUUUUGUCCAUCACUGGCAAUCCCUGCAAUGAAGACUUCCUUGCUGUGUGUGGCCUAAAGGACUGCCAUGUCCUAACAUUCACCAGCUCAGGAAGUGUGUCUGACCACUUGGUUCUUCAUCCCUCCUUGGCUACUGGCAACUUCAUCAUCAAGGCCAUUUGGUUACCUGGUUCCCAGACUGAACUGGCCAUCGUUACAGCAGAUUUUGUAAAGGUUUACGAUCUGGCCUUAGAUGCCAUCAGUCCUCAGUAUUAUUUCCUGCUUCCAAGUGGCAAGAUUCGAGAUGCUACAUUCCUCUUCAAUGAUGAAGGACGGUUCAUUGUCAUCAUGGCAUCGUCAGGCUAUAUCUACACCCAGGUGAUGGAUGAUUCCAGCAGUGCUCGCCAUGGGCCAUUUUACAUCACCAGUGUUCUUGAAAUUCGACAUUCUGAUCUUAAGGAUGCAAGUGGACAGGUUGCAGGAGGGGGAGUGUCUGUGUACUACUCGCAUGCUCUCCAGCUCGUCUUCUUCAGCUACAGCCAAGGCAAGAGCUUUGCUGCAGCAGUAGCACCAGAUCUGUCCAAGGCUUCAAAUCUUUUCCCCAUCACCUUCAAAUGCUCUAAUGGUGGGAGCAAAGGGAGUAGCAGUAGUCAGCCCUUGGUACAGUGGUCAGAAGUGGUUGGUCACACAGGGCUUCUGUAUUGUACUGCCCAGUCAUCCAGCAACCCGAUUGUCCUCAUGGUUAGACCUGAUGCCAUCCUCAUGCAGGAGAUCAAGGUCACUCCUGCUAAAGCCAAGAUUCAAGAUGUAGUUGCCAUUCGGCACAUUGCUUCUGCCUCAGACCAGCAUCGUACAACCAUGAUCUUGCUGUGUGAAGACGGCAGCCUGAGAAUCUACAUGGCUAAUGUGGAUACCACAAACUACUGGAUGUCACCUUAUCUUCAGCCUCAAAGCCCCAUUGCAGCCCUCAAGCCUUCCAAGAAGAAAAAGAACAUCAAGUCAGGACGCCAGGCAGGCAGCAUCAACUUUCCCAUUGACUUCUUUGAGCAUUGUCAGCAGAGCAACGAUGUGGAGUUUGGUGGAAAUGAUAUACUGCAAGUGUACAACACUCAGCAGGUGAAACACCGUCUGAACACCACUGGCAUGUACAUAGCAAGCACCAAGCCUGCAGGCUUUAACAUCGAGAUUGUCAACACUAACCCAUCAAAUGUGAUGGUGGGACUGCGGGUUCAGGUUGGCAUGCAAAGUGUGGAGAAAGCCCCCUCGUACCUGGAAAUCUUUGGUCGAAGCAAGCAGGUGGGUCUCAGCAGAGCUCGCUGGUACGACAUGCCCUUCACACGUGAGGAGUCGCUGACUGCUGACAAGAAGGUCAUUUUGUUUGUUGGAGCCAGUGGAGAUCCUGCUGGAGUGACAAUGGUUGACUCCAUCAAGCUGUAUGUGAAGACCAAGGAAGCUUUUGGAUGGCCUGAAGAACCAGACGAGUUUCUAGAAACUACAGCUCCUUCGAAGGCAUCAGCACCAUCUUCAGGCAUUUCAUCUGGAAUGGAGAGUGAGGCAGUGCCGUCACCACCUUUGCCUAUGACCACAGCUGACAAGUUACUGAAUAGUGGUCUGGAGGUGCUGGAUGGUGUGUUUGCCACUGUGAAUGUGCCUGACUUAGGCAUGACUCCAUCCCUCACACAGCAAGAGCUGCAAAAAAGGCGUAAGGAUGCUUUGGAACUGGCAACGACCUUGCUGACCUUGCCAACGCCCCCAGCGGUACAGCAACAGGUUCAGUCUUUGCUUGCCUCUCUGUUUCCCACCAGAUCUGACUACCACAACCACAAGGACCAAGCAAUGCUGGAGGAUGUGAUUCAGCGACUGAGACAGGAAGGCCCAGCCAUGCCUGUUGAGAGCUUCCAGCGCCUUGUAGUCACUGCACGGUCAGUGGCCAUCACCAGACCCAGCAAUCUCAUAAAGUUUGCUGAAUCUGGCAGCAAAGUUGAGGCCUUAGAAGUAACUGACCUGGAAGCAGAAAAGAAUGACAAAGGAUCAGAAAAGAAGCAAAAGCAAUUGUUUGACCUUGACUCCAUCGAGCAGGGCCACUUCACCAGUCAGCUAAUGAAUACCUUUUGGAAGCUGCAUGCAGCCAAGCCAUCAAAUCCCAUGCUGGCACCCGUCUGCUUGCCAGGUCUAGCGCACAUUGAGGCCACAGUUCAUGCUUUGGUGGGAAUCAUCCAGGCAUUCAUGCUUUGUGACUCCCAGUACAUUGGCACAGCAACUAAACAUCUUGUACAACUGUUACUCUGUCCUGACCCACAAGUAAGCUUUGCCUGCUGUCAUGCUAUGAUAAGAGCUCUACGCCCUCGCCAUCGUCGCCGUCGUGUUUUCAUCCCAUCGCCACCAAGAUGCAGUUCUCCAGGCCCAGGAGGAGGUGAUGAUGAAGAUGAUGAUGAUGACGAUGAUGAUGAUAAAGGAGAUAAACUUGACACCCCAUCUGAUGAUCUUUCAUCCCUCAGCCAGCCAGCCCAAGCAGAAGCAGAGAUUGAUAAUGAGGAACCAUAUGAAGUGGUGAACGUGGAACCAAUGGUGCUGGACACAGGAGGGGAAAACGAGGUCCAGGCUAGAGCGUUGCCUCCAUCUCUGGACUCUCUUUGGAGCGCUGAGCGAAACUUUCCUCCCAUAGUAGACAUACCACCUGAUGCUGAUGAUGAAACUAUGGUAGAACUGGCCAUAGCUCUCAGCCUGCAGGACCAGUCGGGCCAAAGACUGGGUCUUCAGAGUUUGGGUUUGGCCCAGCCAUCUCAGGGAGAAAUACUGUUAGAAGAAGGGCCUUUGUCAGACACCACAGCCUCUGCGCCAGGCAGCGACGAUGAAGUGGGCAGCAAUGCAGCAACAGACGGGUCAACACUGCGAACGUCACCCGCUGAACAUGGUGGCAGUGCUGGCUCUGAGAGCGGAGGGAGUGCAGUAGAUUCUAUAUCAGCUACAAGUGGGCGCAGCAGUGCUUAUGGUUUCCAGCCUCCAGAGAGCCUGCCUGGCAUCGGUGGCCGCAGUGAGAGCAGCAGUGUUGGUGGAGCAGGUGGCUUUGCCCCACCUGAGCAUGAGACAUUUGAGACAGAUGGAGAAAGUGAUUUGACUAGCAGAUUGCACAGUAUGCGACUGUUGUUGCUGGAGCGCAUGCUACAGUACUUGCCAGAAGUGCGCAGCGUGGGAGGAGUUGGGGCAGUACCCUUCAUGCAGAUUCUACUCAUGCUGACCUCAGACGUGGACACCGAGGAGGACCGAGAUAAGGCCAUUCUUGAUAAUUUCCUGGCCACCAUCAUCACUGAAUUGGACCUCUCCGGCAAGGAUUUGGCCAUCAUCGCCACUCGCACUAAGAAUACAGAAGUAAAGCUGAUUAUUUUGCGACUGGUCAGUGUUCUUCUGUCCCGAACCCGGGGCUCAUCCAGGUCUUCAGGAGAGUCCUCAUUCGUGAGCAGCAAAAUGGCCACUGCUUUGUUGUCCAGUGGUGCCAUUCCCUAUUGCCUGCAGGUUCUCAAGAGCCUUCUCCCAUUCUGGCACCAGUUUGCAGGCCCUGAGGAGGAGGCAGCAGCAACUCCUGGUCAGCUGCUGACCCACCCAUCCCAUCCACCUCCUGAUAUGUCCCCCUUCUUUUUGCGGCAGUAUGUCAAGAGCCAUGCUAAUGAUGUUUUUGAGGAGUAUCCACAGCUUCUGACUGAAAUGGUGUUGAGACUACCAUACCAGCUUAAGAAGAUUGCAGAGUCAGGUCAGAAGAUACCACCUGCUGUAUUUGAUGCUUCUUGGCAUUCUGUUCUAUCUGAGUACAUGAUGACCCAGCAGACACCAUUUGUGAAGAGGCAGGUGAGAAAGCUGCUACUGUUUAUCUGCGGGUCCAAAGAAAAGUAUCGUCAGCUGCGAGACGAGCAUGCAGUGGAGUCCCACCUGGCCGAAGCCAGAACAAUAUGUGCUCAUGGUGGCUGGGAUCAGUCGCUUGAUCUUGCGGCCCACAGCAUUGUGCUUCCCUAUGACACUCUUCUCAGCCUGAUUGAGCAUCUGAAGGUUUGCUCAGAGAUUGCCUCCUCUCGGCCAUACAAUUGGCAGAUGUACUGCCAGCAGCAUCGAGACACACUACCCUACAUUGUGCACACUAGCAUCGUGCUGGAUGAGGGGGUUGCACCCACGCUCCUGAGCCUUCUGCAGCUUGCCAUCUGUGGGACCAAAGGUCAGGGUCAGGGGUCAGUGGAGAGUUCCUCAAGCACCUCCAGCAUCUCACCUGUUCGACAUCGAUCACGUAAAGAUGAAGAUGUCUUACUAUCCAGGAUGCCACCUUCUUCCGUGAUAGGAUUGCAAUGCUUCAACAUCAUUGGACAAAGUGCAUUAAUGUCAAGAGUCUUUUCAGAUUCACAGAAAAGUAAGUCUAAGGCGAAGAAGCAAAAGAAGCAAGCAGGGCUAAAAGACGGCAUUGAGGAGCCACAGAGGUUUAACGAGAGUUUGAGCAGAGAGCUUGUUGACUUGCUGACCAGCACUCUUGAGAGGGCCACCCUCAUCAAGUUUGUCCGCACUUUCUUGCUGGAGUCGAAUGCCUCAGGAAACCGUUGGCUGGCUCAUUCCUUGGUGUUGCAGAUCUAUAGAAACUCCAGCGGCACUCAGCAGGAGGCCUUGAUGGAUAUGCUGUGGGGGCUGUGGGAGGAGCUGCCAGUGUUUGGACGCAAAGCAGCACAGUUUGUAGACCUCCUGGGAUUCUUUGUCUUGAAAACGCCUAAUCUGUCUGAAGAAAAGGUGCAGGAGUACCUGGAGAAAGCUGUAGCUCUGCUGCGAGCAGAAAACAAUGUCCUAGCCAACCAUCCCAAUGCCUCCAUCUAUAACAUGCUGCAAGGACUGGUAGACUUUGAUGGCUACUAUUUGGAGAGUGAUCCGUGCCUGGUCUGCAACAACCCUGAAGUUCCCUACACCAAUCUGAAGCUGUCAGCCAUCAAGGUAGAUUCAAAAUACACCACCACAACGCACAUCGUCAAACUGGUUGGAAGCCAUACCAUCUCGAAAAUUUCUCUCCGGAUCUCUGAUCUCAAGCGGACCAAAAUGGUUCGAACACUAAAUAUCUACUACAACAAUCGCACAGUUCAGGCUGUAGUGGAACUCAAAAACAGGCCAGGAUUAUGGCACAAAGCCAGGAAGGUGACACUCACAGCUGGACAGACGGAUGUGAAGGUGGAAUUUCCCAUACCAAUUGUGGCAUGCAACCUUAUGGUGGAGUAUGCAGACUUCUAUGAUAACCUUCAGGCCACAACAGAAACACUGCAAUGCCCCCGAUGCUCUGCCUCGGUACCAGCCACACCUGGUGUGUGUGGCAACUGUGGAGAAAAUGUCUACCAGUGCCACAAGUGCAGAGCCAUCAACUAUGAUGAGAAAGAUCCCUUUUUGUGCAAUGCCUGUGGUUUCUGCAAGUACGCCAAGUUUGACCUGACCUUGCUGGCUAAACCUUGCUGUGCUGUUGACCCCAUUGAAAAUGAAGAAGACAGAAAGAGAGCCAUUGCCACAAUCAAUGCACUGCUGGAAAAAGCUGAUCGCACUUACAAGCAGCUGCAGACCCACCGCCCUAUGCUGGAGUCUCUCCUUAUCCAGGUGACAGAACACAGUGCAGACCGCCUAGCAGUGUCUCAGAGGGAUGAAAUGAACAACCAAAGCAGUGCAGUACCAGCCAGCAAUGUCAACAAGGCCAUCCAGCUUUUGGCCCAGAAAUACUGUGGCGAGUGCAAGUCAGCAUUUGAUGAACUCAGUAAAAUCAUUCAGAAAGUGAUGGCUUGUCGCCGAGAGUUGGUUGAAUAUGACCACCAACAAAGAGAAGCUGUGAGUGUUAAAGGUCAAGGGUCACUUCCCAGCCUGCCUAGUGUCAAGGCCAAAGAAGUUUCGUCUUUCCAAUCUGCUGCUGCAAGGAGGGAACAGAAGGCUAGCAACUGUUUUGGAUGUGCUAGUGCUGCCGUAGAACAUUGCAUUACCCUAUUACGAGCACUUGUUACCAACCCCAGCAUGCGGCAGAUCCUGUGCAGUCAGGGAAUGAUCCAACAGCUUAUUGAGUACAAUCUCCGACAUGGAGCCCUGUCUGUGCGACUGGAAGUUCGAGCCUUGCUGUGUCUGCUGACCCGAGAUAACCGCCGUGCCACUGAAGAGAUGAACAACCUGAUCAUGACCCGCAUUACAGCUGCUGUCAAAGGACAUCAGUCCAAUCCAGAUAUUGCUUCUUCUGUGCGACAUGAAAUCAUGCUACUGGCCAGUUCACUACAGCUGGAAGAUUCUUGCUGGGAGCAACGUGUACGAUGUGUGAUGAGACUGUUCCUGAUGGGCAUGCACAUGCGAAGCCCUGUCAUCAUGGAGAGCAUCACUUUGCCCUGCCUCCGCAUCUUGCAAGGGCUUAUCAAGCAAGACCUGGUGACUUUCCUGGGCAAAAACAAGGAAGACUUGGAGCCAUUUGAAUGCCAGCCAGCACGAUACCACAUGGAUGUUCGGGGCUGGCUGGAAGGAGACCCUCAUUAUUCUUUUAACAACUGGAAGAAGCGACUUCCAACCAAAGUGACAAAGGAGGGAGAAGAGAAGCUCAAGGAAAAGAAGGAAGUGCGGGCUUAUUUCCUGAUGGAAAAGUAUGUGGGACGCUGGCGCCAACGCAUGUGGCACACCCCAGACAAGCAGCUGCGGCUGACGCAGACUACUUGGCUUCAGACAGCCAUGUUUUCUCCAUCCUCUCGUUCUGCCCGCCAGACUGCCUGCAGUGUCAUUGAAUCCGUUUCUCAGAUGGCCUCACACCGCAAGGAGGUCAUUGACAUGCUGACGGGGUGUCUAGAGCAGGUUGGCAAGAGUGGGGAGUGCGCAAAUGAAUUCCUAGGACUGUACAAACGACUGAUUGCACCUGCCCACUGGAAGGUGUACUUAGCAGUAAAAGGGGUUUUGCAACGCCUGGGUGCUUUGAUAACACAGGAAGUGGAACACCUUCAGUAUCUAGAAGAGACAACUCUCAGCUCUGACCUGGCUCAAGGUUAUGCCCUGAAAUCUCUUACAGAACUCUUGUGGCAGUUUGUGGAGCAUGACAGGAUCAAAAACUACUAUAAAACCAAGCUAGUGGGCUUCAUUCUUAAUGGCUAUCUCUCCUUGCGCAAACUGGUUGUGCAGCGCACCAAGCUGAUUGAUGAGACACAGGAGAGACUACUGGAGUUGUUGGAGGAGCUGACUACAGGGACAGAGUCGGAGACAAAAGAAUUCAUGUCUGUCUGUGUACAGACUGUCAACAAAUACCCACUGGAUGAUUACCGUUCACCUGUCUUCAUAUUUGAGCGUCUCUGCAGCAUAAUCUACCCGGAGGAGAAUGAUGUCGGGGAGUUCUUUAUGAUUCUGGAGAAAGACCCACAGCAGGAGGACUUUCUGCAAGGCAGGAUGUUGGGAAAUCCAUACAGCUCUAGUGAACCAGGACUGGGUCCACUCAUGCGGGACAUUAAGAACAAAAUUUGUCAGGACUGUGAACUUGUGGCACUGCUUGAAGAUGACACAGGAAUGGAGUUAUUGGUAAACAAGAAGAUCAUCAGCUUGGAUCUUCCAGUCAAAGAUGUAUACAAGAAGGUCUGGAUGCCGGAACAUGGAGAGGGUGAACCCAUGCCUGUAGUGUACCGCAUGCGUGGCCUACUUGGAGAUGCCACAGAGGAUAUGGUCAAUUCUCUGGACUCUGGAAAUGAAGAGGAUGUUGAUAAGGAGGCUGUGUUCAAGAUGGCAGCUGUGCUGAAGGAAUGUGGUGGAUUACCAGUCAUGCUGCAAAGGCUGGCAUCUGUACGUGAUCUUGUUUUGGGACGCCAGCUGAUGUGCGUGUUGCUGAAGCUCUUCAGCUUUGCAGUAAACGUCAAAGUGAAUCGUCAGGAGCUGAUCCGACCAGAGCUGAACACAGUCAACAUCAUGCUGGGAGCACUGAACCUGGCACUGUGGGCAGAGCAAGAGGGAACUGUAAAGGGUCAGACAAUCACAGAACAAGUGUUAAAUAUCCUAGAGGUCAUCCUACUGGAAGCCAGUGAACAGCCUCCUGAGCAGUACAGUGAGUUCUCCAAGCUGUGUGGAGAUAAAGAACAGCUCAAGCUGCUGUUGGACCGCAUCAACAGCCAUUUUGUGCAGUCUACUCCCAGUGUGCGUCAGGCCCUCAUGCGCCUCAUCCCGUUCCUGGCCUUCGGUGAUGUCGAUAAGAUGCUGGUGUUGAUCAACCACUUCCUCCCCUUUCUUGAUUUUGACAAGUUUGAUGAUGAUCAUGGUCAAGACGAGCAGAUCCAUCUUGACUGCUUCUGUGUCAUUGCCAGUGGAAUAGAGAGUAAUGCCAAUGGAGAGAGGCUGAAAGACGUCAUUUAUGAACAUGGUGUGGUUCAGAAGGCAGUGGACUACAUUCUCAAACAUGCUCCAGAAAUUAAAACCAUGCUUUCGACUGACUCAGAAGUGUGGAAAGAAUUUGUGAGUAAACCCUCCCUUUCCUACGCUCUCCGCAUACUGACAGGACUGUGCAUCAAGCAUUCCAAGACCAUUAAUCUGAUUGUAGAGAGGUGUGUACCAAUCCUGCACAAGUUGGAGCAAGUGUCAUCAGAUAAACAUGUAGGCACACUGGCCGAGAACCUGUUGGAGGCACUAAAGGAGGAUGCAGCUGCCGCACAGAAGAUCGAAGAUGUGCGACAGGAAACCAAAGCUGAGAAAAAGCGACUAGCCAUGGCUGUUCGCAAGAAACACCUGGGUGCACUUGGCAUGACGGCAAAUGAGAAAGGACAGGUGACUGUCAAGAGUUCUGUCUUGAAGCAAAUGGAGGACCUGAAGGAAGAAACAGGCCUUACCUGCUGUAUAUGUCGUGAAGGAUAUCGCUAUCAGCCUCAGAAAGUUUUGGCCGUUUACACCUUCUCCAAGCGGAGCAAUCUGGAUGAGUUUGAGAACAAGCCACGUAAAACUCAAGGGUUUACCACUGUCUCUCACUUCAACGUUGUACACGUAGACUGCCACACUGCAGCUGUCAGACAUGCCCGUGGCCGAGAAGAGUGGGAGAGCGCGACUCUGCAGAAUGCCAACACCAAGUGCAAUGGACUGCUGCCUAUGUGGGGACCACAGGUUCAAGAGUCUGUGUUUGCUGCCAGUUUGGCCAGGCAUAACAACUACCUUCAAGAGUGCACGGCAGUGAGGGACAUCACCUACACCUUCAACAUCCAUGACCUCAAGCUGCUGCUGCUGCGUCUGGCCCAGGAGCGCUCCUUCAGUGAGGACAGUGGUGGUGGGGGGAGAGAGAGUAACAUACAUCUCUUGCCCUUCAUGAUGCACAUCACCCUUUACGUCAUCAAUACCACCAGAGCAUACACACGAGAAGAGAAGAAUAUCGCCAACUUUUUGGACAUGCCCAAGACCAAAUGGGUUGAGAACUGCUUUGAGACUGAGGGUGUGCUAUACUUUAUGGUGCUGGCCAUGCAUAUACUGCCGCCCACCAAGUGGCGUGAAGUGCGAGCCAAGUUUCUGGAGCGGCUCCUGAUCACAGCUCACCUGCGUGGGACAUCACAGAUCGGCGCUAAGACCCCCAUUGACAGGGAGCUGAAAGAUUUCACGCUGUACAAAAUGUACCUCCUCCUCUUUGGCUUCAUCAAUGGCAUGUAUGAGAAAGUGUUCAAG